CGCCAUGGCCGUGGCGGGGCACGAGGGCUACGCCUACACUUUCCGCGACGCCUCCCACGCGGCGGGGGUGCUGGAGGCCUUCGGCGCGUUUUACCUGGACGGCUCGUUCACAGACGUGACUCUGCGGAGUGCGUGCGGGGCGCUCUUCCCGUGCCACCGGGCGGUCUUGGCCGCCUGCAGCACGUACUUCAAGGCCAUGUUCACGGCCGACAUGAAAGAGAAGUCCAAGCAGCAGAUCAGCCUCCCCGGGUUGGGCCGCGCGGCGCUGGAGGCCCUGCUGGACUACGCGUACACGGCCCGGGUCCGCAUCACCGCGGGCAACGUGCAAGGCCUCCUGCGGGCCGCCGACCGCCUCCAGUUCGCGGCGGUGAAGGCCGCCUGCGAGCGGUUCCUGCUCAGGCACCUGGAUGUCGCCAACUGCAUGGGGAUGCACGCCUUCGCGCAGCACCACCACUGCCCCGAGCUGGAGAAGGAGGCGCGGAGGCUGCUCCUGUCGCACUUCGAGGAGGUGUGGAAGCAGGAGGAAUUCGUGGACGUGAGCGAGGAGAAACUCCGGUUUGUUCUCUCCAGGGACAAUCUCAACGUCCGGAAAGCGGAGGCGGCCAUCGAGCCCGUUGUUCGGUGGGUAGCGCACGAUGUAGAAGAAAGACUCGACUGCAUCUAUGAGCUGCUGGGCUGCAUCAGAGUAGAUUUAGAUGAAACGUACCUGAGGUCGGCCUUAAGCCUGCAAAAGAAAUGCCGGCUCAGUGAUGACAAGAUAAGGGCGCUCAUAUACAACGCGUUGAAUCCCAAACCAACGGAGGCUUGCAAAAGGCCCACGGCAGUUAUGUAUGUGAUCGGAGGGUACUACUGGCACCCUUUAGCAGAAGUACAUGUCUGGGACCCUUUAACCAAUGCUUGGAUCCAGGGAACAGACAUGCCAGAUCACACGCGGGAGAGCUAUGGGGUCACUACUUUAGGACCCAACAUUUAUGUAACUGGUGGUUAUAGAACAGAAAACAUAGAAGCUCUUGAUACCGUAUGGGUAUAUAACAGUGAAACGGAUGAGUGGAGAGAAGGCUGUCCUAUGCUUAAUGCCAGAUAUUAUCACUGUGCAGUUACCCUGGGGGGCUGCAUCUAUGCCCUAGGGGGUUACAGAAAAGGAGCUCCAGUACAAGAAGCAGAAUGUUAUGAUCCGUUACAACAGACAUGGGUUCCCAUUGCAAACAUGAUCAAAGGUGUUGGAAAUGCCACGGCCUGUGUCCUGAAUGAAGUCAUCUAUGUAACUGGAGGCCACUAUGGUUACAGGGGAAGCUGUACCUAUGACAAAAUUCAGAUUUACAAUUCAGGUAGCAACGAAUGGAGCAUAGUGACCACAAGUCCACAUCCAGAAUAUGGAUUAUGUUCUGCUGCAUUACAAAACAAAAUCUAUCUUGUGGGUGGACAAACGACAAUCACUGACUCCUAUGACCCAGAACAAAAGGAAUGGAAGCAGAUGGCUCCUACAAUGGAAAGACGGAUGGAAUGUGCUGCAGUUGUUAUGAACGGGUGCAUCUACGUAACAGGAGGAUAUUCCUAUUCAAAAGGAACGUAUCUACAGAGCAUUGAGAAAUAUGAUCCUGAAUGUAAUCAAUGGGAAGUAGUAGGCAAUCUGCCUAGUGCCAUGCGUUCACAUGGUUGUGUCUGUGUGUACAAUGUCUAACAGGAUCUGAUUAUUAUAUUUCUGUUACAAGAAAGAAGCAUAUAUAGUUUCCAUACCAGCAUAGGUUACCUCUCAAACUAUAUAAGAUAAACUAAUGGUUCACAUUCAAGCCUAAAUCUGUAAAUAAAUGUUUAUUCAUUUAAAGUGGCUUAGUGUAAUAUAGAUAAUGUGAUAAUAUUGUCAUGCAGUUUCACCUGGGAAAUAAAUUCAUUGGCCAUUCUGUAUUGUAAAAGUUUACAAAACCUUCUUAUAAAAUGUAAGAAGUAAUGUAAAAUUACUAAUGUGUAUUAAUUAACUACUAGAGGAAAAUGUAGUCUAGGUUUUGUCACAUUGCUAAUAGGCUUUAAAAUAGAAAGACUUAGCUUUUCUAUGGACUAUGGGGUUUCAAAUGAAAUAAAAGUAGAAAUGGUAAUGUUUACUGCCACAAGCUGAUUGACUUGAUAAGACAUUAGUUGCCUGUUUUAAAAUCCCUUAGCAAAACAGAGGAAAAAUUUGUCUUAGUGUUCCAGGAAUAGGGCAAUGCUUUACUUCUGUAGAGAGGCACUUAGGGAACAGUGAGAGAAGGCCCUACUUUGCUCUGUAAUAACCCAUCUGGGAGAUUCAGAAAUACAUAUCGUUGAAUCCAGAUAACCUUUUUGGUAAGAAUAGUUCACAUGCAUGUUGUGGGCGGGAGGGAAGGAAGGCUUGCAGAAUUCCAGUAGCUCUCUUAUGACGUAGGCAUUUACGUUACAGCUACAAACCAGAUUUUUAUUUAAAAUAGCUCUUUCAUUACCAAGGUUUUCCAAAAGCCCUAAAUUGCAAAUUAAGUGUUGGCAGUGCUGUGAGUGAAGUAAAUGCAGCAACAAUAGGAACUUGGAAAAAAGCUUGGUGUAUUUAGUAUUCAAAGCUGGCCAGGGCACUGGAUUGUAUUAAUUUCUUUUCUGAAAGCAGCAUGGGGGAUCUUUAUAUUGCCUAAGGAGUUAUCUGAAGUGGGCAAAAAGAAAUCCCAUGUUGGAAGGUAGAAUUAUUAUUCCCACAAUGCAGCAUUUCUGUGUCAGCACCAGGGAUAAGGCAGAAUCCAGGCAAAGGGGUUGAAAAGAUAUGAACUACCAAACAAGCCUUCUUCCAAGUGAAAAGUGCCCUGUCAAAUGUCUUAGGGAAUAUAUAUAUAAACAGAGAUUUCUUAAAUCGCAUUUAAUUUAUUGUGGAUUGCUGCUAGAGAGGCACUUCCAUUUUUUUUUUUACAGUGUGCUGUUUCUUUGUGUCUACCAUGGGACAUUAAUAUGUAGCUUGUUUUUAAAUAUUACUUGUACAACUGUAAUGGCAAUGGGCAUCUAAAGUCUUAACCCCCCCACAUCGACCACAUUUUCUUCUAAAAUAGUUUAUUUGUAUUUAUAAACUUUACAACAAGCAAAAAAACCCCCCACUAUCCUUUAGAAAAAAAAAUCUUCAGUCUUCUAAGGCCACUUUUUAACAAAAAGAAGAGUUCCUUCUCUCGGAGCUGUCGGGGAUCUACUACAGGUAUUUGUAAGAAACUUCUGCUUUUCUCUUUCCCCUUUUUGUACCAUUCUCCCUACUGUUGCAUUUGAGCAUGGCUUAGCAGGUUACACAAAACAUCUUUGAGUUUUGAUUCAAGACUAUGUUGUACAUACUUUUCUGUUUUGCUGUUUCGUGCAUACCUCCUUUAAAAUGUAUAUAUACGUCAUGCAUGCAGGAAGGAAACGGAUACUCUAAAACUGAGGUUGUGCUUAUUCAACAUUCUCAGUGGAGAGGUAGGUAAUGAUCUCAAUAUAGUUUGUUUAUACAAACUAAACUCUAGAGAGACCUAAGCAAUGGAAGAGUCUAGUUCUGUGGACUGUGGUGGCUAGAUGAAUUAGCACAAAGAACAGUGAAGGGAAAACACAGAAAAAACUUACAGAUGAAAAAAUUUCAUGUCACACUGCCUUCUUUCUUAAAUUACUUUCUUCUCUCCUUUCUUUCAAAAUUAUUCUCUAUAUUUAAAAAAAACAUAAAAUGAAGGAGCAAGAUCACAAAAGCAUUAAGACAAUAUGUACGUUAAAUAGACUCACAAUGUCAAACAAUAAACUCAAGCAUGUACCCUCACUAUAGAACAUGCUUCGGUGUAGUUUCAUAUUAUUAAGGCAGUACUGUACUAGCAAUCAAAAAUGCUGUUCCUUACUCUGUCACUAAUUUGCUAGCUAGGUGACCCUUGGCAAGUGUGUGAUUUUUACUGAUCUCAAAUUAACCUUCUCUGAAGCAAAUAAAGAUAACUCACUUCAGGUAUCCACUGAACUCAAAGGGAGUUUUGCCAUUUUUAAUAGGAACAGGAACAGGCCCUAAUUUUUUGUUAUUUUUUAGGGCUAUAAAGUAUUAUACAUGCACAAAUAGUUAAUAUUAAGAUGGCAGAGUACCUUUGGGGUGCUUGCCAUGUGCCAGGGACUGCAGUAGGCUGGGGCAGAGCCCAGCAGGGAAGGCAGCCAAGUGAAGCCCCCCA